AUGCCUUGGAGCUCAAACUCCUAUGUGAUCAUUCUUAAGUUGCUAGUUCCAAAGAAAGCAAAAACAGAAAAGCCUCCACCUGCUCCAAGGCAACGAGGCCGUCCCAAGAAAUCUAGCAGUAUCUUGGAUGAGGCUGAUGAGUUUGAGGCUGAAGCGAAACCCAAAGACAUAAACUUGGAAAAAGACACUGAGGCACAGCAGCUUGGAGAAGAUGAGGAGUUCCUGGAAUUAGAGCAGUCAGUGUGCUCUGAAUCUGAAAAGCUGUGUCCAUCUUGUAAACAUAUUGUUCCUUCUGCCCUCAUAGGUGAUCACAUAAAAGAAUGCAUGCAAAAAUUCAAACUAGUAAGAAGAAGGUCUGAGAGAAAUUCAGCGUCUACAAAAUCUAAAGCUAAAGAGGAAGAUAAUGAAGAUGAUGAAGUUCUUCCAUGUCCAGGUUUUUCAAAGUCCAUUGAGAGGAUCCUCCAAAACCCACCUGCAAACCGGAAGUCAGAAAAAGACAAAAAGUUCUGCAACAACUGA